ACGUCAAGAGGCGAGUUAGAUUGGUGCAUGCGCAUUAUGAUGAUAGUGAGUGGCGGAAGGUUGCUGCUGGAGUAACACGUGUGUCAAUACUGAGUAGCCGAAGGAUCGGGCUGACUAGUUAGACUACAGUACUUGCUCAAGGUGCGGAGGUCAUGACUGUGCUGCACUUCUACAGAAAGGAGGCGGAGAGAGGGCAGAGCCUGCAGAGGGCCGCUCUGCUCCACCCAGACAUCCUCAUCCUCACUGAGCACUGCUACAAUGUGGAGCUGAGUGCCAAUGCUCUUCUCAGCCAAGAACAGAAGAAUGUCCUCCGCUGGCUUCUCAGUCCUCCACUCCAGGUGGAACAGCUGGGGGAGGAGCCCUUUCUCAAGGCUGGCCCAGGAGAUAGAAUGGUGGAGAUUGGGCCCAGGUUGAAUUUCUCCACCGCCUGGUCCACCAAUGCAGUGUCCAUCUGUCAGAGUGCGGGUAUGAGAGAGGUGGUCCGUGUGGAGCUCUCUCGCAGAGUGCUCAUGAAGCCCAAUAAUGGAGUGAGUGAGACAAUGACAGAAGAAAAGAUGGAGAAACUGAUCAGCAGCUUAUACGACAGCAUGACGGAAUGUAUAUACCCUCAUCCAAUUUCUUCGUUUGCUGUGGAGGCACGCCCCAAGGAGGUGUUCGAGGUGGAUAUUCUGGGGGAGGGCCGGGCUGCCCUGGAGAAGGCGAAUGAUGAGCUGGGUCUGGCUUUUGACUCCUGGGAUCUGGACUAUUACAGUGCCCUGUUCCAGAGGGUGAACAGAAACCCUACUAGUGUAGAGUGUUUUGACCUUGCCCAGUCCAACAGUGAACACAGUCGCCAUUGGUUUUUCCGAGGGCACAUGACCAUUGAUGGACAGGAGCAAGAGGAGACACUUUUCAGCCUCAUAAUGGGGACCCAGCGCCAUAGCAACCAGAAUAAUGUAAUCAAGUUCUGUGACAACAGCAGUGGUAUCACAGGCAUGGAGGUAGAGUGUAUGUAUCCCAGUGAUCCAGCACAGUCUAGUUCUUAUGUGACUCGACGGACCACCCGACACGUCAUCUUCACUGCAGAGACCCACAACUUUCCGACAGGUGUGGCUCCUUUCAGUGGGGCCACCACAGGUACGGGUGGCCGAAUUCGGGAUGUUCAGAGUGCUGGCAGAGGAGGUCAUGUCAUUGCUGGUACUGCAGGCUACUGCUUUGGCAAUUUGCACAUUCCUGGUUAUGCCCUGCCCUGGGAGGAGGAAGGGUGGGUCUAUCCCCCCAGUUUCGCUCCUCCGCUCCAGGUAUCAAUUGAAGCUAGCAAUGGAGCCUCAGAUUAUGGGAACAAAUUUGGGGAGCCAGUCCUUGCAGGGUUUGCCCGGUCCUUUGGCAUGCAGCUGCCCAAUGGGGAACGGCGAGAGUGGAUCAAGCCAAUCAUGUUCAGUGGUGGGCUGGGCUCUAUUGAGGACCAACAUGUAAAGAAGGAAGAUCCCGAGCCAGGGAUGGAGGUGGUGAAGAUUGGGGGCCCUGUGUACAGGAUUGGUGUUGGUGGAGGAGCAGCUUCUUCCAUACAGGUCCAGGGUGAUAACUCCAGUGCUCGUGACCUGGGGGCAGUGCAGAGGGGGGAUGCAGAGAUGGAGCAGAAGAUGAACCGAGCCCUGCGGGCCUGUUUGGAGAGGCCUGAAAGGAACCCAAUCUGUAGCAUUCAUGACCAGGGUGCUGGAGGAAACGGUAAUGUGCUGAAGGAGCUGAGCGAGCCUGCUGGAGCACUCAUCUAUGCCAGCAGCUUUAAGACGGGUGACCCCACACUCAGUGUGUUGGAGCUCUGGGGGGCAGAGUACCAGGAGAGCAAUGCUUUGCUCCUCCGUCCGUCAGACCGAGACUUCCUGGAGCGAGUGUGUCAGCGCGAGAAGUGUCCUGUCGACUUUGUGGGCAAAAUAACUGGUGAUGGAAAGAUUGUGCUUGUGGAUGAUCGCAGUGCCCCAGGGAAGCAAGGUGACAGUGGGCGGUGUCCAGUGGACUUAGAUCUGGACUGGGUACUGGGCAAGAUGCCGCAGAAAGAUUUUGUACUGGAGCAUGUGACCCCAGUCCUCCAGCCCCUGAGUCUGCCCCCAGGUCUGGGUGUCAUGGCUGCCCUGGAGAGAGUGCUGAAGCUGCCUUCUGUGGCCAGCAAACGCUACCUCACCAACAAGGUGGACCGCUCUGUAACGGGACUGGUGGCCCAGCAGCAGUGCGUGGGUCCCCUGCACACCCCUCUGGCUGACGUGGCUGUGGUGGCCCUCUCUCCCUUCGGCCUCCAGGGGGCAGCGACCGCCUUGGGGGAGCAGCCCGUCAAAGCCCUGCUGUCCCCGGCUGCAGGCGCUCGCAUGGCUGUGGGUGAAGCUCUCACCAACCUGGUCUUCGCCAGAGUCAGCGCUCUCAAGGAUGUGAAGUGCAGUGGGAACUGGAUGUGGGCAGCCAAGCUGCCCGGCGAGGGGGCCGGUCUGUGGGAGGCCUGCCAGGCCAUGUGUGAGGUGAUGGGGAAGCUGGGCGUGGCUGUGGACGGAGGCAAGGAUUCCCUCAGCAUGGCUGCCCGUGUGGGGAAAGAAACCGUCAAAGCACCAGGGUCACUGGUCAUCUCAGUCUAUGCUGUGUGUCCUGACAUAACUGCCACUGUCACCCCUGAUCUGGAGAACCCUGAUGGAAAUGGCCUGCUGCUGUAUGUACCUGUUAGCCCUGGUAAGUACAGACUAGGUGGAUCUGCUCUGGCCCAGUGCUACAGCCAGCUAGGAGACCGCAGCCCCGACCUGGAGGACCCAGACAAGCUCUCUGCCUGCUUCAACACUACCCAGGCACUACUUCAGGACCGACUCCUUAGUGCAGGACAUGAUGUCAGUGAUGGGGGGCUCAUUUCCUGCCUGCUGGAGAUGGCCUUUGCAGGGAAUCGUGGGAUUGAUGUGGACUUGCCUUUAGAAGGGCCAGGAGUGAUGGAGGUGCUGUUUUCUGAGGAGCUGGGAUUGGUUCUGGAGGUGUCAGAGUCCAAUGUGGCCAGAGUGAGCCAAAGCUACGCAGAUGCUGGCCUCAUCUGUCACAGGAUUGGCAGAACCUGUGGGUUUGGACCUGAGUCUAUGGUUAAAGUGCGAGUCUGUGGACAGGAAGUGGUGAGUGAUAGCCUGCCUCACCUCAGGGCACUGUGGGAAAGCACCAGUUUCCAGCUGGAACGCCUUCAGGCCAACCCUACGUGUGUGCAGCAGGAAGAGGAUGGAUUGGCCUGUCGUAUGCAACCAUUUUAUAACCUAACCUUUGAACCUGCGCAGAUACCCGACCUUAAGGGGCUUGCUCAAGGAUCCCCCCGAGUGGCAGUCAUACGAGAGGAAGGGAGUAAUGGCGAUCGAGAGAUGUCUGCUUCUCUUUUCCUGGCAGGAUUUGAGGUUUGGGAUGUCACAAUGCAAGAUGUAUGUUCAGGAUCCACAACUCUUGACCCCUUUAGGAUGGUCGUUUUUGUGGGUGGAUUCAGCUACGCUGAUGUCCUGGGCUCAGCCAAAGGCUGGGCUGCCACUGUGACCUUUAACCCACGUGCGCGGGAGGAGUUUGAGCGUUUCCGGCACCGUGGCGACACUCUCAGUCUGGGCGUUUGUAAUGGCUGCCAGCUCAUGGCCUUGCUGGGCUGGGUCGGUGGGGGAGACAGCAAAGCGUCGGAUGUGACAUUGACACAUAACAAGUCGGGCAGAUUUGAGUCUCGGUUUGUGAGCGUGGGCAUUCUUCCAUCCCCUGCUGUCAUGCUGAGGGGGAUGGAGGGCUCGUCUCUGGGUGUGUGGGUGGCCCAUGGGGAAGGUCUGGUGCAGUUCAGCUCUCUUCAGGCCCAGGAACGGGUCAUUGGGGGCUCCCUGGCUCCCCUGCGCUAUGUGGACGACUCGGGGCUUCCCACUGAGCAGUACCCACUAAACCCCAACGGUUCGGCCCAGGGCAUGGCCGGGCUCUGCUCCCCAGAUGGGCGCCACCUGGCCAUGAUGCCCCACCCGGAGCGGGCCGUGUUGUCCUGGCAGUGGGCCUGGGCGCCGGAGCCCUUCAGAGCAUCCACGCUGCCCUCACCCUGGUUCAGCAUGUUCAACAACGCUGCUGCCUGGUGUCAGACUGCCUGAGAUGGAAAGGGUGGGCUGGUUUUGGCAGGGGUGCCCAAUUGUGCUAUUUCACAAGCCCGCUGAAGUGAGUUACUGACUGUUAGCUGUCCAAAUAAUGACUCAACAUGUACUGAUCAUUUCAGAUCUGAAGUUAAAUACAACUCUGUAGUUUGUUCGGACCUAAGGCAAAUGUAAAAUGUAAUUCCCCUGGUCUAAGAUAUGGAGCAGUCUUUAUUCCUGUUACAGUUCAACUAGAUUUUGUACUAAUUAUUUUGUUUACAUUGUUUCUUUGGUAUUAUCUCAGGCUCAACAUUCAGAAUUGUCCACUUAUGUGCCUGUUUUCAUGUUACUUAGCAUUUCAUGGUCCAACUGGGGUGCAGCAGGCAAAGUGCUACCAUCAACACCAUGGACUGACAUUCAAACAGUUGCAUUAAUUUGUUUUAAAUUAAUGCAAACAAGACCAUAAUCCAUGGUUAUUUAAUUAGGCUGUACCUUCAAUAGCAAGGGUUGUUUACUUGAAAGAUAAUUGCACUGUAAUUAGUGGGCCCUGUCAACACUAGUUUCAUGUAGCUUGUUUUGAAACUAAGACAAAAAUAAAUAUGUAUUUAUGGCAUUAAAGAGAGAAUCCGUUUCUAAUGA